UUGUCAGAAGCGUCCGCGCCACGAGGAGGAGGCCCUGCUGAUUUCUGUGCGGGCUCUUGUUAGGAUGGUGAAGCUGUUCAUCGGAAACCUGCCCCGGGAGGCCACAGAGCAGGAGAUCCGCUCUCUUUUUGAGCAGUAUGGGAAGGUGCUGGAAUGUGACAUCAUUAAGAAUUACGGCUUUGUGCACAUAGAAGACAAAACUGCAGCGGAAGAUGCCAUACGCAACCUACACCAUUACAAGCUUCGUGGGGUAAACAUCAACGUCGAAGCCAGCAAGAAUAAGAGCAAAACCUCAACAAAGUUGCAUGUGGGCAACAUCAGUCCCACCUGCACUAAUAAGGAGCUUCGAGUCAAGUUCGAGGAGUAUGGUCCGGUCAUUGAAUGUGACAUCGUGAAAGAUUAUGCCUUCGUACACAUGGAGCAGGCAGAGGAUGCAGUGGAGGACAUCAGGGGCCUUGAUAACACAGAGUUUCAAGGUGGGAUGUGUGUGGGCUGAAAUUCCGAGCUGCGGUUGUGCAUGAGAAUACACCCUUCGUGGUACCUCAUCUCCGGGACGUUCUCGGCUUUGUGCGUUCAGUCCCUUAGGAACCGUGGACCUUAAUUUACCUUGCUAAGUUCAGACCUUCUCUUCCUUUACUUUACUUUCCUCUCCUGCCCGUUUUCCUGUUCUUCUGUCCUUCAAUACUUCUGUAGCUUCCCAUUCAUGUUCUGUUCUCCCAGCAGGCCUCAUUGUGUGCCGAAACUGUGGUGGGGGCUGUGCUGUCUCCUCCCUGCCUCCUGCCUCCUGCGGCUGUUGGAUUUGGGAAUGACCUUGGUGAGAGUCUCACUGCCCCGGGUCUCUUUUUGGUCCAAAGGCUAGACCUAGAGCAUUGGAUCACUUUUUUCUUUCCGGUGAAAUAAAUGGUUUUUCAACUUAAAAAAAAAAAAA